AUUCAAAUGUCGAAAUGUCCUUAACAUAACCUCAUUUCACGUCAAGACGUCAGCUGUGAUUUUUCCGUCAUUGGAAACUACAAAAUCAAACAUUAAUAAUUAAUUAUUUAUUAUAUUUUGAACAUCUUUUAUUGCUUUUGUUUAUCAAUGAUGACCACAAGAGUAUCGUCCUUUUUGCUAUCAAAUCGAUCAAGGAAACUGGCUAGCUUAGUCAGAUUUAAUCAUGGAGCUGCCACACCUACUUCCUCAACAUCCCAAAAAUCCGGCUCUACUGUGCCAGACGUACAAGGAGUAACAAAGAAUGUUGUGGAUAUUCCAUCAGCUGCUUUGGGACCUGGAGCUUCAAAGGCAGGAGAUUAUAAAAACCCUGAAUAUUUUGCUUACCAUCAAUGGUCAUUCUACGAAGCAAAUGUUGAAAUGGACAAAUUCAGACUACCACAACCAUCUGCCGUCAAAGAAAACUAAUUUCAAUAUACAGUAGCCUUAGUUGAAUGUGAAUAAAUAAUAAAUAUAGUUAUAUAGGUUUUAUUUAAAAUAACCAUACUUCUGUGUCAACCAAUUCAUGAAGGAAUAAAAAGGUAUGGAAUAAAUAAA